AUGCCUGCCCCUACAGCUUUAAAAAAGGUUGACGAAACCCUGCUCCAAACUGCGGAGUCUUCGCGCCAGACGCCAGAAAUGGAGGAAGCAUUCCUCCUUGGAGAACCAGAUAUUCUGCUCAGAGAUGCAGAUGCUGCACCAGCAGCAGACGAAGAAGAAGAUGAUUCAAUGGCAAUUGAUGAGGAGGGUAGGCCGCGUUUCGCUCCAUCCAGAGAUAUUGACCCUGUGACGAAAGUCGAAACUCGAAAGAUCCCAGUGCCGCCCCAUCGAAUGACGCCGCUAAAACAAGCAUGGCCGUCUAUUUAUCCUCCGCUCGUUGAACACCUGAAAUUACAAUGCCGAAUGAACGUUAAACGCAAGACGGUAGAGUUGAGGACUUCACAACAUACAAUUGAUUCUGGAGCGCUGCAAAAAGGCGAGGAUUUUGUGAAGGCUUUCACUCUCGGUUUCGACGUUGACGACGCUGUUGCUUUACUCAGAUUGGAUGACCUCUAUAUCGAAACCUUCGAGAUCAAAGACGUCAGAACCAUGCACGGUGACAGCCAAGCACGUGCGAUAGGCCGUAUUGCUGGCAAAGAUGGAAAAACUAAAUUCGCAAUUGAAAACGCCAGCAGAACUCGAAUUGUUCUGGCUGACUCUAAAAUUCACAUUCUCGGAGGAUUCAAGAACAUUCACAUGGCUCGAGAGUCGGUCGUGAGCUUGAUUCUUGGCAAGCCGCCCGGCAAAGUAUACGGAAACCUGAGAACCGUUGCUGCCAGGAUGAAAGAGAGGUUUUGA